CCCAGCGGGGGCGGCCCCUCAGGUGAGGAGGCGGAGCCACAGCCCCCCGCGGCGCGGCCCAGCUCAUAGGCGGCGGCCGGGGCGGGUCGCGGCCCGUACUGCUCUGCCCUGCCGUGCCAUGGACUACGCGAGGCUCGCCGAGGAGGCCGCCGAGAAGAUGGAGCUGUACCGGCGGGACCCCGGCGGCUGGCGAGUCUGUCGCCACACGAGCGAGGUUGCGGUUUCCUGGAGACCCUCCGCGGAGUUCGCUGGCAACUUAUACAGGGGAGAGGGGACCCUGCCUGCCAGCCCCCAGGAUGUCUGGGAAUGCAUAAAGCCGGUGGCCGGCGGGACCAGGACCAAGUGGGACCAAAACGUGAAGGCCUUCGAGGUGAUCGAAUCCGUCAGCGAUACUGUCUCUGUGUGCAGAACCACAACCCCUUCAGCUUUCAUGAGGAUCAUUUCACCCAGAGAGUUUGUGGAUGUGGUGCUAAUGAAGCAGUAUGAAGAUGGGACGAUGCUUUCUGCUGCCACCAACGUGGAGCACCCUCUGUGUCCUCCUCAGCCAAACUUGGUGCGAGGCUUUAACUACCCCUGUGGCUGUUUCUGUGUGCCUUCCCCAGGGGAGCCGGAGAGGACCCAGCUCCUCAGUUUCUUUCAGACUGACCUUGGUGGCCUCCUUCCCCAGUCAGUGGUGGACUCCUUUUUCCCAGCAAACAUAGCUACAUUUUACAGUAACUUGAACAAAGCUGUUAAGGCAUUAAAAGCUUGACAAGAGUAUUGCUGAUAUCACCAGCUGAGGGUAGGGGAAAGCCUGGAGGCUUGGGGACAGGAAUAGGAAGUUGGCCUACAAGACUUUUCGACCAGCAGCAAUACUGAGGAAAGGUGGAACAAUGGACUGGGUAAAGCAAAUUUCAGCCAGCGUUUUCUAGCUGUGCCUAUGCAAAGCAAUGCAUUCUUUCCUAAGGUGAAAUCCUUCACUUGCAUCCUUUGAGUCCUGGAUUCAGUGCUGGAGGCUGACUGUGGGAAGAAGGUGUACUACUGGACCUGAUCUUGGCUGCCCUUCUUAGUGCCUGUCAGGAGAGGGCUUACUAAAAUCCACUUAGCAUUACAGAGUUACCCAAGUGUAGGUCAGCUCUGCUUUGUUCCUGAAGCCACUUGUAGGCUCCUGGGGAGCAAAGUUUGCUCCCCACAGCAAGAGGCAGCUGCCAGCACUUGUAGAGCUGCAAAGAUGCUCUGGUGGGUCCAAGGCAGCAAAAAGAAGGCAGAACAAACUGGGCUGUGCAGAGCUUCCCACACAUUGGUUGCAGCAGAUGUCAGCCCUGAUGGUGACUGCCUGAAGUGCUUUUUGAACAAAGCAGAUCUCAGCAGUGCAGAUGUGUGGCCAAGGCUGUGGCUGGGCAAGUCCUCUUCCUUCAUCUCUGCUGCACCAAACCCAGUGAUUUCCACAAUGUCCUGAAACAAGCUGCACUGGCAGGGAGGUGGCAAAUGAAGAGGAUUAAGCACUUCUUGCCACUUCUGAACUUGAGCUAGAAAUGACCACUUUUAACUGGACUUGACUAUUCUUUGUCUCCUCUGGUGAGAGGUUUUAACGGGUAGAUAGUCUUUGUGGAGCUUCUCCUUGACAGGCCGCAAGGACAGUGCUGGGUUUUGUAAGGUUGGGUUGCCUUGCAGCACUGUCCUGGGAAGUCGGCUCCCGAUGGUGUGUGCAGCGAUGUGUGCUGGGUGCUGCAGGAAUGCCAGGCAUUGCUGUGGAACACAUCUAACUGGAACAGGGAAAAACAAUCACUGAGUCAUGAAUUUAAAUGCAGGCUGUGAUUUUAGUGCUGUAACUUGAUUAACACAGUUAAGAUGCUCUGCUUUCUGUCUCUCUCUUUGGUUUAUAUUUAAGGCGUGGACUUGCACACAAAGUUUUCCAUUGUAAACCUUUCCCUAUGAAAUAGGUUUCAUCAAGGAAACACAGGGUUUCAUCUAGUCUGUUGUGUACAAAGAUGUAAACGCUUGUGUGGGCGUGAUGAAAUAAAUAUUUUUGUGACACA